AUGUAUUCUACCCCACCACCAUCACUAGAUACUAUAAACUCCAAUAACUCGAAUAACUCGAUAAGCUCAACAGAUGGUUUUAACUUAAACGUUUUGUACACGAUCUUUUGUGAUGGUGGUGAAAAGAUAGUUGAGCAAAAAGGUCAGGUGGAGCGUAUGAAGGAGGAGAUGGGUCGCGAUUACCUUCAUUCCAGGGUGGAUGUCCUCUACAUGCAACAAAGGUCCAAAAUUGUUGAGAAGCAGAUUAAAGCGAUUGCACUGUUGGUUGUGGGUGUUGUCGUCGUGAUGCUCCUGUUAAUGAUUUUCAUCAUUCACUUGAUAAUCAACAAGUGA